UGCGACAUCAUCUCUGCCUAGGUCUGACCGUUACACAACCACGUCUUGAUGCCAGCGCGCCCUCUCUUCUCCCUGCAUAAUAUUCCUACUAUCCUUUCUCAAUAUCUACACCAGCAGCGUACGAACAAUCAAACGCUGUUUUCGAGGAUUCACAAUGGCUACUCAGUACGAAGUCGAACAUAAUGUCAAGUUUGCCGAAGGCCGCCGCUCAGGCCGUCGCGUAGACAUGUCAUCAUUCUUCUCCCUCCUCGAUCGGAUCGCCGAACCUUCAGGCAGCCAAACUCCUCAUCACAACCCACACGCCACGCCCACUCCCCUCGACACGGCUGCUCUCUUCCGCCUCCUCCAGGAACAGCUACACCUGCUGCACACAACUGCUCCUACAGACGAUAACCGAGAUUUCCUAGAGUCUCUGAUAAUGAAUCUCGAAGAUGAUAUCAACGACCCCCCCACGCGCUUGCAUGGCGUGUCGCAAGAGUUCGUUGACUCAAUCGACCGUGUUAAUCGCAAAACCCUCAAGAAAGAUGACGACUGCGCCAUCUGCAAGGUUCCCUAUUUAGAAGACGAGUAUUGCCUCGUUGUUGAGCUCCCCUGCAAAGGAGGCCAUCGAUUUGAUCUCGAGUGCGUCGGACCUUGGUUGCGCAGCAAGGGUACAUGUCCCAUGUGCCGUCAAGACUUGGGGAAGAAGAAGGAGGUACCUGCAGUGCAGGACGAUGAUGAGGAGGAGGACGGCGACAUGAUGUACGCCUAGGCAUUGGUGCGUAAGUAGUGAUAUGCAUAGUCUGGCGUCGGGAGUUUCAGCCACUAUGGGUUUGAUGUUUUCAUGGCAUGAUGAAUGUAAUAGUGAUUACAGUUUGCUAAUGCUAUCCUGCCCUUCCCCAGGAUCUUGGCAAAUUAUACACCACCCAACCAUACAUUUACAUCUUCUCGUUGUCCCCGUAUUGAUGCCACAAACUUUUGAUACUCUUGGCCCUUUCGAUCCAACUCAUCAUACAUGUAUUGGUCUUGUACCCAAUUCAUGUGAAUCCCCGCCUUGAACAGUCUAUCCUGCAAGCUUUUCUGGCCAGGCCCGAGCCCUCCCCACAGCACUCUGAGACGCAUUUUCCAGGAUUCCCAUUUGUCUCUGGGGACUGCGCCCUGCCCGAACCACCAAUGUCCUAAUUCAUGUGCCCGUAACAUUUCGAUACACCCAAUCCGAACAAAUAGAUGCCGGCCGGCUUGUAUAAUCCAUUCACAGGCCCCACGGAUGUAAACGUCAGCCAUCCGGGGCUCGGGUGGUAAUACAUCUUCCAGC